CGCUCCUCCUCCUCUUCCUUCACACAGGCUGAGCUCUGACGGUCCGGGUGGAGUAUUUUAUUAGAACCAGCCGGCUGUAGCGUUCCUCCUCCUCCUCCAGUGGGUCAGAAAUGGCAGCGGUCAGGACUCUCAGGAAGCUGUGUCAACACACCCGGUACCAAGUCUGUGAACUGCACACGUCGGCCUCGAGGCAGGAGGCGGUGGUCAUCUCAGGGAGGAAACUGGCACGUCAGAUUCGAGAAGACACCCGGGUCGAUGUGGAGAAAUGGGUUUUAGCUGGCAACAGUAGGCCACACCUGAGCGUGGUUCUUGUUGGAGAAGACCCAGCCAGUCACUCCUAUGUUCUCAACAAAACUCGAGCUGCAGCUGACGUUGGAAUCUCAAGUGAGACGAUUCUCAAACACUCGGACAUCAGCGAGGAGGAGUUACUGGACUUAAUCUACAAACUCAAUGCGGAUCAUCGCGUCAACGGCCUGCUGGUCCAGCUCCCUCUGCCAGAUCACAUCGAUGAGAGGACGAUCUGUAAUGCCAUUGCUCCUGCCAAGGAUGUAGACGGCUUCCAUGUAGUUAACGUUGGCCGCAUGUGCCUGGAUCAGUCUACCAUGCUUCCUGCCACACCCUGGGGAGUCUGGGAAAUUAUCAAACGCACAGGAAUUCCUACUUUUGGAAAGAAUGUACUAGUUGCAGGGCGCUCCAAGAACGUGGGCAUGCCCAUCGCCAUGUUGCUACACACAGACGGCCGACACGAGAGGCCUGGAGGUGAUGCCACAGUCACCAUUACUCACCGUUACACUCCAAAGGAACAACUUUGCCAGCACACUAAAAUGGCGGACAUCAUUGUGGCUGCUGCAGGAAUUCCUAAGCUAAUCACAGCAGACAUGAUCAAAGAGGGAGCAGCUGUGAUUGACGUGGGAAUAAACCGAGUUCAGGACCCCGUCACUGGAAAGAGCAGGCUGGUUGGAGAUGUGGAUUUUGAAGGCGUGAGGAAGAAGGCAGGAUUCAUCACCCCGGUCCCAGGGGGAGUUGGACCCAUGACUGUAGCAAUGCUCAUGAAGAACACCGUCAAAGCUGCCAAGAAUGUCCUGCAGAUUCCUCCUGAGAGAAUCCGUUUGGCUGCUGCAUCCUAAUGAACCAGAGCGUCCCCAGCUGCAGUGACUCAUUCCACCCAAUGACACCCCCUCCUAUUUUUAUUUUUUACCUUGGAACGACUGGCCAAGCGCUUGCACACAAACUAGAAAGAGGAGAGCUUUGAGGCUCUCUUUCUGCUGACGACUUUCCGAGCGUCACGUCCAGCCAUGUACAGUAUAGUCUGUUACAUCCACUCAUGCAGCUGCAUGUUCUUUGUAACAGUAAUCCUCAGUUGUAAUGUACUUCUUUGACAUUGAAGUUUUUAAAGAGUCUUGAGAGAUUGUUUCUAUUUAUUGCUACAGAGACACAUUUUAAACAUGAAUGCAGUGAUUAUUUAUAACUAACAUAUGAGCAGUUAAAAACAGAGUGACUGAAUCUUGUUUGAUUCUUUGUUAGUUUAGGCUCAAGUAUUGGAAGUGUUAAGGGCUAACAUCAUCAGGAACAAGGAUGUUUAUCAAUAUACAAGCUUUAAAUAUUCACUAAUGCCUUUGCAGAACAUUUUAAAUGAAUACAAGUAUCUUCUCACAUUGUUGCUUUCUAUGCACAGUCAGAAAAUAAGAUGGGGUAAUUAUAUAAAUAGAAAUAAUAUAACAGAAUUGUAUUUUUCACAGGAAAAACAAAAUAAUCUGUUGACACCUGAUAGACUGACCUUUUCAGGUUGUCCUUUAUUUUACAGCCCCUUUUUUUUAUUUGAUCAAUUUUUGUCAUUUGUAAGGUGAGAAAUACUG